AAUUUAAGUCCUGUACUUAAAUUCAGUUAUCACGGUGCGCUGUACUAUUACAUUGGUUGGUCAUUAGUGAGUUUCAGAAAACUCAAAUUUCAUUGGUGGUUAGUGAACCAUACAAUUUGACGUCACGAUCCUUUUUUAAUUCGGGUCCAACAGGAGAGGCUGCUUAAAUAACUUGUUGUUAUCAGAGGAAAUUUUAUUCAAAAUAUUCAGCAAAAAAUUGUCAGGGAGUAUUUUAUGCUAUAUAAUAAUUUUUGAAAGGAAUUGUUAUAGCUGUACGCACAUUUUAAAACAAGGAGUCGUGCAAUAGAAAAGACAAAUAUUGACGUUGUUUAUCAAAAAACAAGGAUACAUGUACACGUGUGUGGUUCGACCACAUGGCUGAAAUCAAAAACAAAUAUAUUUUUUUUUUCUCUUUCAAAGUUAAUUUUAUUUAAUUUUCUUUAAGUGCCAACAGUUUGGUUUAGAUUUGAGUCUCUUUCAACGGGGAAAAGUAAAGUAGUAAAAACUGAUGUUUACUUUGAAACAAGGAUACAUGUAACUGACCUACAGAAGCACAUGGCGAGCACAUGGUUUAUUGAAUUUUCUUUCAAUGAUUUUCCGUUGCCGUUGCUAACUUUCAAAUAUAAAUAAAUGGUAAAUAAUGCUUCUUGGUAACAUGUUAGGACUACCAGAAUUAGAAAAAUAUUUUAUCUGGCGAGUUUUGAAAUAACCUUUCGUGUUGGUAUGCGAACCGGAGCCAUUGCAAAAUAUUCAAUUCGUUGAUUAAUUGUGUCCAUUAUCAUGUGAAAGGAGAAUAUCAUCGUGGCUACACGCCUACAUUAAUGUGUUUCAAUACUUGAAUUUAUAAGACGAGUCCUGGUCCGCAUACUUAAUUUAUUUAUUGUUUAUUUACACACUUAAUGGAAUGUACCCAGAAUGCUUUGUAUUGUUAUCAAAUAUGUAGUUCAAAGUACUGAGUUCUAUCACUUAAAAUCUGAAGCAAACUUUAUACAUGGUUUCAGAUGUGGGAACGUAUGCAUUACAUGAGUCAUGUCAGCACAGCUCAGGCGGUCUGCCAGGAAAAGGAAAAAUUUGCCAAUACUGGCUGCUGCAUCAGCAAGGGAAAAGGUUAACCAGAGAGUACCUGACACUAUGUCAGUAACUGCACCACAGUUGCCUACACUUGAUACUGGUACACCAUUCAUACCCAUUACUAGUUCUACUGGUACAUACCCAAUGUUGUUUUCACAGACAGGGGCAGGCAUAUAUACCAGCGCAAGUACAGGGCCAGUCGAUUUGACAAGCACAGCUAAUACCCUGUUAUACUCAAGAGUACCACUACCAGACCAAAGAGUGUGCAACACUGUUACCAGUCAAGAUCCUCCAGAACAUUCCUUAGGUAAUACUAAUGGUGCCUCAAGUUUUACAAUGCCAUUUAGUACUUUUGAUCACCCUAUUCAGAUACCCAGCAUGCAUGCUAAUAUUGCUUUUAAUGUUUCUCAAAGUAUCAGAGAAAAAAUUAUGAAAAGUGAAUUUAUUGAUUUAGGCAUUUUGUUAAUUAACAAUACUCAGCAGGCUACACAAAAGCUUGUUUUUAGAGGAGGUGAAUUUAUUGUGCAAACAGAAAAUAUGCAAAACAAAAUUGGGUCUAUUGACCAAUGGACAUCAGCAUUUAUCAUUUUUGUUAGUAUAUAUAUAUUGUACUGUGCAUUCAGGUAGAUUACAAGAAUUACUUAAAUACAUGUCAGUUGUACGUUUGGGCGUAAAAAGAAAUCCUAAUAAUUUAGGUUGGAAGUUAUAUGAUGAGCAAUUUAGGUUGCGAAAAACACUGGAUCCAGCAAGUUCAUGGGCUAUAGUAGAUCCAGAGCUUUGGUUAUUAUAUAUGGCUGAUAGUAUUGGCACACAAAAUUUGGAAGUAAAUGUAGUUUCUUCUGGUUACAAUACAUUUUCUGCUAAUAGAAAUGUGGUUAAAACGCCAAAGUGCUAUGCCUUUAAUUAUAAGGGCAAAUGUUUCAAUUCAUUUUGUCAAUAUAGUCAUGCAUGUAUACAAUGUCAUGGUGUUCACUCAGUUAUAAACUGUCAAUUCAAGCAAUAUAAUUUGCCUUCGCAAAUAAGACCAAAUCAACAGCCAGAAAGACCCCAGCAGGGAUACCAGAAGAUUUAAACAUUAAUUUCAAACUAUAAUUGGGUCCCUUGUAGAUAGUUCAGUUGCCCAAAGUACAUGUACCUAAAACAACAUAUCAAAGAGGUGUAUUGGCCUUUAAUGAGUUCAGAAAUUGUUUGGUUUAUAAAUGUAUGACCAUUACCAUUGUAUGAAUUGUGCAAUUUUAUAGCUAUUUGUUUCAAGCAGUUACUCGCAUUUCUCUAUCAAGUGUUAUUUAGCAGUGAUAAUUUUUUUUUUUUUCCAGUAGUUUGAAUGUCUUGGGAGAUUUUACAAAAAUUGAUUAUAAAAAAUGAUGGAGGGAGUUAACCGGUCAAGGCCAAAUUAGGGAUUCAAGAUUGCCUAUUACCAAAGAAUUAUUUCUAUUAAUAGUUAAAUUCUACCGUUUAUUAUACCCCGCUUUAAAAAAGGGGGGUAUACUGUUUUAGUGAGCUGUCCUUCCAAUGAAUAUUUUUCGUCUCAUUUUUUUCAGAAACUACAAUACAAGGAUUUCUGAAAUUUGGUUUCAGGGUUUAUCUAAGUCAGCUAUACCGUGUGAUGCGUUUUCAGAUUGAUCACUUGACAACUUCCUGUUUACCGAACACUUGUAUGAUUUUACACAUGAUAGCCAAGUUGAAAAUUUUCGUCACAUUUUUCUCAACAACUACAAUACAAGGAUUUCUGAAAUUUGGUUUCAGGAUUCAUAUAAGUCAGCUAUACCGUGUGAUGCGUUUUCAUAUUCAUCCCAUUCACUUGUUUGUUCCUCCAGUUAUGCAGUUAAGUUGUUUAAAGCUGCCUUCUCGUUAGCCAAUCAUGGUCUUUUGAGAUAGGAGAAUUAGUUUUGUUUUGUGUUUUUGUCUCGGUGAUAUAAAUACAAUAUUGUACCCUUGACAAACUUUGUAUAAUUGAUCUUGUGAAAAUUUUUACUGUAGAUAUAUACAGUUUUUUACGAUUUUUUGAGCAACUUUUCUAGUAGUUACAUGUAACUUGAAGUUUGCUUUGAUUUAUUGUGGAUGUAUUUGGCUCACAGCUUGGCAGCGAACCUCCAUUUUAUGGCGGUUGACAAUGAAUCAUUAUUCUGUUUCACUGUCAAUCUGGCAUAAUUCGCUGCAUCAAAAAACAUUUUGUUUUAUGAAUAGGAUCAUUUACUACAGAUCUAGAUGAACAAUGUAAGGGUUUCGAUCCAUCACCUGUGUUCCCACGGUGAUUUCCAAAUUGUUUUAAUCCUAUCUUCAGUUACCAUUAUCUGUGGUAGUAAUUUAUAUAUAUAUAUAUGACAGUACGGUUGCCAUAAUCAGCAAUAUGCGGGUAACCUCAUUUUUCAGUUAUAUACAACAUGUAUAAAUUAUGAGAAUAAUAAUAUUAAAGGCUGUGGCCAAAUACUGCCAA